AUGGAAGAAAGGCUCAAGAAGGUUCUUUUGUGCAUCAACAAAACCAGCCAGCUCUUCUCCAAUGCUUCAUAUCAAUAAAAUAUCACAUCACACCAUAACUUCACUUUCAUUACUCUCUUCCUUCUAAGUCUUCUAUAACUAUCAUCAUCAUCAGUAUCAUCAUCAUAAUAGUUUAAACUUGUCUUCAAAUAUUUAGUAUCCAUUAACCUUGUCCUUAGUACCAUUUUGAUGUCUACACCAUUAGAACAUGAUUACAUAGGUUUGACAGAUAAUUCUUCAAUGGACAAAACAUCUUCAUCUCUCAACUUCAAGGAGACAGAGCUUAGACUAGGCUUACCUGGUUGUGAAUCUCCUGACAGAAAACCAGUCUCUUUCUUUAGUAACAAGGAUUUGAACAUUAAUGUUUGUUCUCCUUUGAAGAACCUUGUAACUAGUGUUGGAGCUAAAAGAGGUUUCUCUGAUGCUAUUGAUGAAUCUUCUAGCAAAUGGAUUUUUUCUGUUAAUGAUGGGUCUCAAGCUGGAAUUGGAACUACUUUGUUUUCUCCUAGAGGAGAAGGAAAUGUUGGAAAAUCUCUUGUUGGUUUAGAGACUCAAACUAAUAUAAAUGUACCAAAGAAUAUCAAUGAGAUUCUUCACCAAUCUGUGAAGCCAGUACAUGAAAAGAAUAAACAGGUUGUUGGAACAAAUGAGGAUGCUAAUGCUCCUGCUGCAAAGACACAGAUUGUGGGAUGGCCACCAAUUCGAUCGUUUCGAAAGAACACGAUGGCAUCAAAUUUGACAAAGAGCAAUGAUGAAGCUGAGGGAAAACCAGGAUUUGAAUGUCUCUAUGUAAAAGUUAGUAUGGAUGGUGCUCCUUAUCUCAGAAAAGUUGAUCUCAAAAUUUACAACAACUAUAUGGAACUUUCUUCAGCUCUUGAGAAGAUGUUCACAUGCUUUACCAUCGGUCAAUUCAAUUCUCCUGGAGUUCCUGGGAAAGAUGGACUAAGUGAGAGCUCUUUGAGGGAUCUUCUUCAUGGAUCUGAAUAUGUUCUUACAUAUGAAGAUAAAGAUGGAGAUUGGAUGCUUGUAGGUGAUGUUCCUUGGGGGAUGUUCGCCGACUCGUGUAGGAGACUAAGGAUCAUGAAAGGCUCCGAGGCAAUUGGGCUAGCUCCAAGAGGCAUCGAAAAAUCUCGGAGCCAAUACUAGUGCAGAAAAUUCUGUUGGACCAAAGUGGAGACUUAACUGAUAUGCAUAUAUAAAGGUUUUCAAGGAAGUUUGAGUUUAUUAUGGUUAUGUUCCAAAUCAAAAAUAUAUGUAACUUAGACAUGUCAAUCUGUAAUUUUAAACUGAGACAAGUAUCAUCACAUAGCAUGAGAUUCUAAACUUAGACAAGUUUUCAUAUUAAUUGGCUGUGUAAAUAUACAAGGAUGUUACAAAGUAUGGUAAACCAGGUAUUUUGUCUUUCUUUAA